AUGCUCAGCAUAGGAGAGGCCGGCAGCACUGCGGUGGUCAAUGUCGCUAGAGGAGAGAGGGAUCGGAAGGCAGAGGAGUCGGUCGACUCUUGCUCAAGCACCGGCAAGGAGGGAGAAAGGAAAUGCGUCAAGGAGAAACAGCUGUCGGGGAAAGAAGAAAUGGCCGCCGGGCUCUUCCAAUGUACAUCGGGAUAUAAAACAAACAAUGUAAAGCCGACUUCAAGAGUACAUAAACUAAGUCGUAAAGUCUUUCCCGAUGACUUCAUAUUUGGCACCGCUGCAUCUGCUUAUCAAGUUGAAGGGGAAGCACUCAAAGGUGGACGGGGACCUAGCAUUUGGGAUGAAUUUGUAAAAAUUCCAGGUUUAAUCCCAUAUAAUGCAACUGGUGAUGUUACCGUUGAUGAGUAUCAUCAUUUCAAGGAAGAUAUUGAUAUUAUGAAGGAGUACAAUUUUGAUGCUUAUCGAUUCUCAAUCUCUUGGAGUAGAAUUUUCCCAAAUGGAACGGGAGAUAUUAAUUGGGAAGGUGUAGAUUAUUAUAAUAGGCUAAUUGACCGUUUAAUACUCAAAGGUAUUACUCCAUAUGUCAAUCUCUAUCACUACGAUCUUCCAUUAACACUUCAAAACGAGUAUUUGGGUUGGUUGAGUCCAAAGAUAGUGGAUGCAUUUGCGGACUAUGCUGACUUUUGCUUUGAAAGAUAUGGUGAUAGAGUGAAAAAUUGGUUCACAUUCAAUGAGCCAAGAGUGGCGGUGGCUAUGGGGUACGAUACUGGCUUUCAUGCCCCUGGAAGAGCUACUGGUAGUAGAUUUGGAGGGAACUCAACGAUAGAGCCUUACAUUGUGGCUCAUAAUCUUAUCUUAUCUCAUGCUGCAGCAGUGAAUAGAUAUCGUGAGAAGUAUCAAAUUGAUCAACAAGGGAAAAUUGGGAUUCUUCUAGAUUUUGUUUGGUAUGAGCCUCACACUUACUCUGAGAGUGAUAAAGUUGCUGCUCAAAGAGCUAUAGAUUUUCACAUCGGAUGGUUCCUUCACCCUCUAACAUAUGGAUACUAUCCUAAAUCUAUUCAAGACAUAGUUAAAGAAAGAUUACCAGAGUUUACUAAUGAUGAAGUGGAGUUAGUUAAAGGUUCAUAUGACUAUUUGGGAGUCAAUCAAUACACAGCCUACUAUAUUAAGGAUAAUGCUACAAUCAAUCCUGAACCCAUUAGCUAUCAAGAUGAUUGGCACGUUGAAUUUAAAUAUGAUCGUAAUGGCAUGCCAAUUGGACCAAGGGCUCACUCGGAUUGGCUUUACAUUGUUCCAUGGGGUUUGUACAAGGCAGUGACAUACGUUAAAGAAAAUUAUGGCAACCCAAUCAUCUUUCUAUCUGAAAAUGGUAUGGAUCAACCUGGCAAUGUUACACUUCCACAAGGCUUGCAAGAUACUCAAAGGAGACAUUUUUACCAGAAUUAUAUUAUGGAACUAAAGAGGGCUAUCGAUGAUGGUGCUUCAGUGAUUGGAUAUUUUGCAUGGUCUCUUCUUGAUAACUUUGAAUGGAGACUAGGAUACACAUCAAGGUUUGGUAUUGUCUAUAUCGACUUCAAGGAUAAUAAGCGUUAUCCAAAAGAAUCAGCUCGAUGGUUCAAGAAGAUUCUCCAGAGGAGUUAG